AACAAAUGUUAAGGGGACCAUAUAUCAAAUUUUUUUUUCCAAGAUUCCAAAUUGCUUUGGGACCAAUAAGUGUCCUCAAACAUAAAUUGUGCAAGUACUACGAAAAUUCGAUUCAUGCAUAGACUUUUCAACUAUGGAAUAGGAAUAUAGAAUAAUUUCUUUAAUUUUCUUGUUUGCUCUCUUAAUUAAACUAGUAUAUAUUGCUAAUAAAAUAGAUAGGCCAAAGCAAAUUAAUCAAGGAGGAGUCGAAAAGCCAAGAAAGAAAAGAGAAUGGGGGCGAGAAGGCUGGUGGUGGUGCUCGUUCACCUGAUUGGAUUUUCAUGGCUGAUCACUAAAAAUGCACUACCAUCAUUAGCACUAACCAUGGUCUGCGACAACUCUACCUCCUCUCCCACAGCUUACCUUAAACGCACCAAUCUCCAAGUCCUCAAUAUUUCUUUGGGAGACUACUACUCCUCCUACAUCCCGUCACCUGACGUUAUUCAGGUCAGAAAUCCAAUAACUUUUUGGAAUUGCACGGACAGAGAAACCCGUGAAUCACUAAACUUGACAGGAAGCCCCUUUGUCUUCUCGGCGAGUGACAACAUGUUCACCGCGGUGAGUUGCGAUGUACGAGCCUUAAUGUCUUCAUCAACCUUAGAUGAAGUUGAAAUUUCGGUAGGCUGCAAGUCCAAGUGCUUACAAACAAACCAAUCGCUCAUGAAUUGCUUGGACGGAGUGAAUUGCUGCCAAACUACCAUUCCUUCUUAUAUGAUUAAGACCUUCUCCACCACAUUUCAACCCGAGACGGAUAAAACAAGAAUUGCUUGCAAGUAUGCCUUCGUAGUAGACCAAGAAUGGUUCAUUUCCAAGUUCAACAAUACAACUUCAGUUGCCCUUCGCGAUAUGGAUUACGUUCCUGCAACUCUAGAAUGGAGCUUAAACAGCUAUUCAAAACACCAAAUUUACGAAACAAAUCUAUCCGCUUUACAACUUACAAAGUUAUUAAGGAACAACUCAAUCCGUUGCCUCGGAGAUUCUUCCAUUUCCUCAGUGAAUCAGACAGCAGCACUGUCAGUGCAGGGUUGUUACUGCGUGGGCGGCUUUGAAGGAAAUCCGUAUCUUUUGGCUGGAUGUCAAGGUAAAACCUCCAUCAUCGAUCCAAACUUCAACGUUGAUAGAGUUACUAUAUAAAAUAAGAUCAUUUUCAUAAGGAAAAUCUCAUUUAUAUCCUUUAAUUUUGUUAUAAUUAUAAUUAGACUUUAUAAUUUUAAAAAAUAAUCAUUUAGAUUUCAUUUAACAGUUUUGAACAAUUAAUUUUAACAUUUAAAAAUAAUAAUUUUGUUUUUUUACAUAAUUAUUUUAUCAUCAAGCACAUUUUUAAUAUUUUUUAUCUUUAAUGAUAAAAAUUCACUACAAAAGACUAAUAAAUGGAUGUAUUCUGAUAAAUAAAAAUAUAGAAUAUUAAAAAGAUGUUAAUAAUGAUUUUCCAAAAACAUGAUAUCUAAAUAUAAUUAUGGCAAAAUUAAAGUGUCUAAAUAAAAUUUAUUCCUUUUAUAAACAUUUUUGUCACUAAUUAUAAAAUAACUAUCACAUAAUCAUUUAUUAUUUAUAUAAGUUUGAUCUUUCCAACAAAAAACAAGAAAAAAUAUAGAUAAAACAUAAAAUGUAAAUUUCAUUUAACAAGGGUUAAUCAUAAAAAUGCGCUUGGCAAUCCGUUGUGUUAGAGUUAGUGACCCAAAUUCUUGUUGACCCGACCCGAAAAGCUCGCGGUGCGACCCAUUUGGUGAAACUAAUUUUGGAGAAAAAUUUGGGGCUCUAUGGUGGAAGCGGAGGUCUCGGGCCGAUAGGGCUCUGUGGUGCGGGGGCAGCGCCCCCGCGGUACGGACCUGUUCAAUUUUAGGGUUUCUUCCGUAUAUAUAUAUUUCUUAUUCUUUUGGGGUUUGGCGGCUGUAAUUGGGGUUUUAGGGUAUAGCGCAGUUUUUCUCACCUUUGUACAAAUCUUU